AUGCACUUUCCCAAGCUGAGUCCGUUACAGUGUCGCUUUACUGUGUCGCUGGCGGCAUCGCUGCUGGUUCUGUCCAUCUAUCUCUUCCUCUGGAACCCGCACUUCGCCUACGCCUCUGAGAUAGAAACUCCGAACGCUGCCUCCCCGCUCAUUGUGCUGGACGAUUACGCGCUCGACUCGCUAGACGACUUGGACGAUGCAGAAGAUGUAUACGAAAGUGCACAGGCAGACGAACAAGAUGUACAACACAUGAAAAGAGCUACGGGAGAUGUCGUGACGCUGGGCGGAAGCAACGUGCCCGGGCUGCUUAACAUUGAGGCUGGCAACACAACCAUCUGGCACUUCACCAACUCGUCGCUCUGGGCUCCCUAUGCGAACCACACUCCUGGUCUUCCUAGCCCUAUCGACGAUGGCGAUACGGGCGACUCUGGCACCAUCUACAAGCGCCAGAAUCCCGCAACCAGGCUGGUUUACAUCUCCGUCACCACUUGUCUACAACCUCAGUGGAAUGGCUCGACAAAUCAGACGACCCUCCCACCUCAGCUCACCCUUUUUGUCUCCAACUCUACCUCGAACAAAGAGCCCGGCCCAGAUGCUCCUGCCGAUAGACAAGUCGCCAUCACCCUUAACGAGGGCUUUGCCAAUUACUCGAUGAACGCCACGACCGAUAUCUACAUGUCAGUCCAUGCUCCCCAAAUGCCCGCCAAUUUUACUGGCAUCUGGAACUACGAAAUCGCUGCCUCUAUUGACAACUACUACCAUGGCGCCCAUCCUGACUCACCCUUCCUCUAUCUGGUUGAUACCGACACCCAUGCCGCUCUGCUUGUCACAAACAACUUGACUCAAGCCAACCCCGGUGAUCUUGUCUACCAACAGUGGAUGAACCUCACUUCGCCCUUCACAGUCUUUGUCCAGCCCACUCUCGAAAGAAGUCUUGAUGGUAUGCGGAACAGCUAUUGCGGCAUGACCCAUGCUAGCAUUAACAAUGCUUCAAGCUCUGUACAGUCGGGAAUGAUCACUCGUGGCUUAGGCCACAAACCUAAAGAGCAGUUCUACAUUCAGGACUUGAAUGGCAGUACCUCGUACUUCGGAGUUCUAGCCAUGGAAGGCAACUCAACAAAGACAGGCAGUGGCGUUGUUGGCGGUGGAGGUCAAGUCUGGCAGGCCGUCAACUUCAAGACCAAGGCCGACAACAACUGUGCUCUCGUCUUCAACUUGACCUUCUGCCACGAUGUUGCCUAUGCCGUGCCCAGCAAUCCGGAAAGGUAUCCAGACCAGCCCUCUCUGAGCGCUGUAUACGAUUCGUAUGCCGCCGGCCUGUACGAGAACUUUGACAAGUCACUACAGCAAAUUCCCUGUAAUACAACCUUGUCAGCCCAGUACUCGCCCGCCAAGAAUUGCGACGACUGUGCCGAUGCAUACAAGCAGUGGCUCUGUGCCGUCACUAUGCCACGCUGUGAGGACUUUUCUUCUCCUCUACCAUGGCUGCAACCCCGCAACAUGGGUCAAAAGCCCAUCAACUCAUCCUCCUCUUCGAUCGGCAGCAUGCCCAAUUCAGACAUGUUUCAGCAAAUACAAGAUCAGCUGAAUCAGCAAUACAUUCCCAUGAUCUCUGCCCCAGGUGACAGCGCUGCCUUCCGUCAAACCUACGGCUCUGUUCAAGCCACCAAUAGCUCCCGCAAUCCGACUAUUAUCGUCGAUACUAUUGCUCCUGGCCCGUACAAGGAGGUCCUGCCCUGUGAGGACUUGUGCUACAGUCUAGUGCGUAGUUGUCCAGCUGCUCUGGGUUUUGGCUGUCCUGACCCGGGCAGAGGGCUUGAAGUCGAUUAUGGCCAGAGAAGUGACGAUGGACAGGUGACUUGCAGUUACCUUGGUGCGGUGUAUUACUUGAAUACGGCGCCUGCAUUCAGCGGUGCUUCCUCACUAGCUAUUGCGGUUGCUGCUGUGCUGUCACUGUGCAUAGUGAUCUAA